GCGGGUGCGGGGUUCCGGAGCAGCGGCGGCCUGCGUCCCAAGGCUCCGAGCCCUAGGCAGCCGGAUGGGAGGCGGAGCGCCCUGGCCACCGCCGCCGCCCGCAGCCUGCGCCUGGGCCGGGCACCGCGGCGCCGUGGGCUCCUUGUGAGCAGCCGAGGGCGGGGCCGCGGGAGGACCCCGGGACCUGCCCCCUCCCCCGCGCCGCCGCUCGCUCCGGGCGCCUCCCGCUCCGCACUUACGCGCGCGGCAGCUGCGGGGAGCCCGGCAGCCACGCUCUCCGGCGCGCCGCCUGCAGAACCAUCAACAGCCGGGAGCCGGCCAGCCUGCCGCCCAUCGCCACGGUCCCCCAGCGGGCGCGCCCUCCCGAGGAGCGGGCGGCCAUGCGGGCGCUGACCCGGACUGGAGGGCGCCCAAGCUGCGGCGGCUGCGCCCCGGCUCCAGGCAGGACCGCGUAGCUCGCGGGAGGACCAUGGCGGCCCCGGCGCUGGCGGCGGCGCUGGCGAUGGCGGCGGCGGAGGGCCCCAACGCGAGCGGCGCCGGCGAGGGGGGCGGCGGUGGCGGCGGCGCUAACGCCUCGGGGGCUCCCUGGGGGCCGCCCGGGGGCCAGUACUCGGCGGGCGCCGUGGCAGGGCUGGCGGCCUUGGUGGGAGUCCUCAUCGUCUUCACCGUGGUGGGCAACGUGCUGGUGGUGAUCGCCGUGCUGACCAGCCGCGCGCUGCGUGCGCCGCAGAACCUCUUUCUGGUGUCCCUAGCCUCGGCCGACAUCCUGGUGGCCACGCUGGUCAUGCCCUUCUCGCUGGCCAAGGAGCUUAUGGCCUACUGGUACUUCGGGCAGCUAUGGUGCGGCGUGUACCUGGCGCUGGACGUACUCUUCUGCACCGCGUCCAUCGGCCACCUGUGCGCCAUCAGCCUGGACCGCUACUGGUCGGUGACACGCGCCGUCGAGUACAACCUCAAGCGCACGCCGCGCCGCGUCAAGGCCACCAUCGUGGCCGUGUGGCUGCUCUCUGCGCUCAUUUCCUUCCCGCCACUGGUAUCCUUCUACCGCCAGCCCUACGGUGCCGCCUACCCACAGUGCGGCCUCAACGACGAGACUUGGUACAUCCUGUCCUCCUGCAUCGGCUCCUUCUUCGCUCCCUGCCUCGUCAUGGGCCUGGUCUACGCGCGCAUCUACCGCGUGGCCAAGCUGCGUACGCGCUCGCUCAGCGAGAAGCGCGCCCCGGGGGCCCCCGACGGCGGGGCGUCCCCGGCCACAGAGAACGGGCACUGUGCGCCCGCCAGCGCCCACCUCGAACCGGACGAGAGCAGCGCGGCGGCCGAGAGGCGGCGGCGCCGGGGAGCGCUGCGUCGGGGCGGCGGGCAGCGACGGCGGCGCGCGGGCGCCCAGGAGGCCGCCGACCCGCCCGGGCCGGGACCGGAGCCGGGAUCGGAGCCGGGGCCGCCGCCUGGGGCCGAGGCGGGCGCGCUGGCGGCCUCCCGGUCGCCGGCCCCCGGCGGGCGCCUGUCGCGCUCCAGCUCGCGUUCCGUCGAGUCGUUCCUGUCGCGCCGGCGCCGCGCGCGCAGCAGCGUGUGCCGCCGCAAGGUGGCCCAGGCGCGCGAGAAGCGCUUCACAGUCGUGCUGGCCGUGGUCAUGGGCGUGUUCGUGCUGUGCUGGUUCCCCUUCUUCUUCAGCUACAGCCUUUAUGGCAUCUGCCGCGAGGCCUGCCAGCUGCCCGACCCACUCUUCAAGUUCUUCUUCUGGAUCGGUUACUGCAACAGCUCGCUCAACCCGGUCAUCUACACCGUCUUCAACCAGGACUUCCGGCGCUCCUUCAAGCACAUCCUCUUCCACCGCCGGCGAAGGGGCUUCAGGCCGUGACUCGGGC